UCUCAGAGCGCACGGGAAGUGGAAUAACCUGAACGGUGAAGUGGCAGAGACAGGAUUUAUAAACACUUUUAAGAAUAGAUAUAAUAGAGCGCAAAUUGCCAGGAGUGAACGUGGUAGUGGCCAAUUUAAGAAGAGGAACCUAGAGCUGUAACUGGACCUGAUCAACCACAAAUAGCCCAGAUAUAGGUCAGAACUGCCUGUGUACAGCGUGAGUCAGGAGCUGCUCGACGACCUCCAGGAAGAACAACAGAGAUGGAUAACUUGAGAAAAACUUGGCCAUUGUACAGAUCCAUGUUAAGAGCAUUUUCAUCAGAAAAUAAGGUGAACACAAAGUUUGACUUCAAGCUUGCAGAAAACAUUUCCGAAAAUAUAAACUCCGGCAUGCUGAAGGCUCGUCAUUUCCCAGGAGCUUUAGAUGUUGGUUGUGUUACCUUGCCUGAUGAUCUCAUGCAAGCUGCAACCAUUGCCCUUGCAGGUUUUCCUCAAAAAAAUUUAGAACAGGAUGCACAGAAGCUAUCAUCUUAUAUUAACUCGAGACAUCCACCGAUGGAGGAAAAUGAGUACAAGGAAAAACUUGCUGAAGUUGUUGAAACAGUCAAACAAGAAGAGACUAUUGACCCAAUGUCUCCUGGACUGGUAGAGGAAGAAAGGAAACGGUUAUUAGACUCGAGAAGAUCUAAGGUGUAUGAGAAAAUGAAGAGAGAAACUUAUAAGUGGAAAGCUAUCGACUAUAAUGAGUACAAGUCAGCUGCAUAUGUUGUUGCACGUUUAGCUCCAGACUUCGCUUCAUUAACAAAACUACUGCGGGAGAUUAAGAAACGGGAUCCGGAGUUCUGUCCUGUCCACUUGCUGGAUUUUGGGUCUGGGGUCGGCUCUAGCAUGUGGGCAGUGGAUAAAACUUGGCCCGGUGCAUGUAAAGAAGCUGUUUGUGUUGAUUCCAGUGCUGAAAUGAACAACGUGGCAGACAAGUUGUUGCGAGGUGGAGACUCAAAAAAUCCCUUGAAUGUGAGGCCUGGAGGAACAUUCUUCAAGCAGUUUGUGCCAAUGUCCAGUACUCGCAAAUAUGACUUGGUAACUUGUUCGCGCUCUCUUUUUGAACUUCCAGAUAUAGCAGCCAGACUUCGCACAAUAGAUAUACUUUGGCGGAAAACUCACAGUUACUUGCUAAUCGUAGAAGCUGGAUCAAAUGCAGGAUAUAGGUUAGUUUUGGAGGCACGGGAUUAUGUUCUUGAAUUAAGCAGGCGAGCUCAUGAGGAAGGUGAAUCUAAUCCUACAGGAUAUGUUUUUUCGCCAUGUUCACAUGACAAAUUUUGUCCACGAUAUUUGGAUGGGACUAACAUUCCCUGCAACUUUGAAGUCUCAUAUAGGCCAUUUAGUAUUAAUAGGAAAAUAAAUGCCCUAAAAGACAGAUUUAGUUAUGUAAUAAUAAAACGGGGAAAGCGAAAUGAGGAUGUUGACCAACAGUGGCCUCGAGUGAUACAGAAUCCUUCACUGAAAAAAAAACAUGUUAUAUGCCAUUUAUGUACAAAAUAUGGUACACUCCAAGAAUUGACAGUGACAAAACGUAGACACGGUAAAGCAUGUUACAGUGUGAGCAAGAAAGCAUCAUGGGGUGAUUUGUUUCCUGUGGUUCUUCCAGAACCUGAGUUAACACAAGCAACUGAAUCUACAGAUAUCAUCACUGAAAAUGGGGACGAUCUUGGUAACAAAGAAAACAUUGGAAAGGAAGACAUGUGAAUUUCAUACUUUACUAGGGUAAUAACAAAAUUGACUUGUUCUCUUUUAUGUUUAGUUUAUUUAAAUUUAAUGCUUGGUUAGUAUUUAAGAUUUUUUAAUAUUUUUAAAUCUGGAAAAGUCAGAUACGUAUUUAAAAAUGAUGGCUACUUUAUCAUUUAUUUUUCAGCUUUUAAUAUUCCCAGCAGUGCAGCAGUACUGUUGAAUUUUCCAUUGUAUUAUAUUAAUUUUUGUACAGUUUAGUAUCUGUAAAUUAAAUAUAUUAAUUAAAUUGUA